AUGGGCGCCCCCUUUGACUUCGCGCCAGAGCGGCCGGAUCACAUCCAGCAGAUCCUCGAUGGCCUCGAUCGCUACAAUCCGGAGACGACGGGCACUUUCCAGGACUAUGUCAUGCAACAGUGCGAGAGCCAGACAUAUGACUGCUACGCCAAUCUCGCCCUCCUCAAGCUCUACCAGUUCAACCCUCAUCUUGCCAAGGACGAGACCAUUACGAACAUCCUCGUCAAGGCCCUGACUGUGUUCCCAAGCCCCGACUUCUCGCUUGGCCUCUCUCUUCUCCCACCCCACGUCCUGGCACCAUUGUCCUCAUCAUUACACAACCCAGCUGCUGGCGAUGCGCCGCUAUCGGAAGCCGUCCAGAAGCUCAACGAGCUGAGAAAUCUUCUCGAGGGCGCCGACUACGCUGCUUUCUGGUCGACGCUCGACUCGGAUGACUUGUACGCUGACUUGAUUGCCGACGUCUCAGGCUUCGAGGAGUUGAUGCGCGUUCGCAUCGCCGCAACAGUCAGCCAGGCUGUACGAGAAGUCGAUCGCAGCAUUCUGGAGUCGUGGUUGAACCUCUCUGGUAGCGAGUUUGAGCACUUCGUGGGCAGCGUGUGCGGCUGGGCUAUCGAUGGCGCCAAGAUCAAGGUACCCAUCAACAAAGACAACGAAGCUAAGGGCACUGUUGUCAGAGAGAACGUCAAAUUUGAUCAAUUCGCACGAGUGAUCAAGAGGGCAUAUGAGCAGCCCGCAUGA